GUUUCUCAGUCGUCGAAGUCCAUCAGGGGAAAGAAGAGACACGGCAGAUGAUCAGAUGGACAGAUAACGCCAUGGAAAUGCAAGGACAUGGAGAGAGCCCCCAGCCUAUCUCUGAUAACUGACCCCAGAAGUGCUUGCUAUCGCCCUAAUAGUCGAACACAAUCGCGUUGCUAAUCUGAUAGUGUCGUUACUCUAAACCGCCCUCUUUUUGCUGUUUACUGGCGUCUGCUGUACACUCCUCUGGCUCUUCAGUAUGGGUUUCCGAUACGCUCCUAUCCUGGCAUUUUUCAUCGUUAACUUAGAUUCACCUUUGACCCAGUGUGCAGUUUUCAAGAUUAACAAAGGUGAAUGGAAGUCUUAUGGACCAUUGAGCAUAAAGACGAAUGUUGGGAACGCGACGAUUGUUGACAGGAAGCCAAAGCAAGAUCCGAGACAAAUUCCACCAGAAAAUAAGGCUCUGGUUAUUGCAAUAUCGACGAUUGCGGGCGUUAUACUCCUGUGCCUCAUCGUCUUCACAGUGUGGUAUCUGUGGAAGUGGAGAAAAGUGAAGCAGGCAGAAAAACAGACUCUCGACCGCAGUUCCACGGUCACUUAUCACCGCUACGACUCUUCCAUCGAGCACCUCCCUGGAGGCUCGAGCGUGAAGAGGCCAGACCAGGAAAUCCCCUCGGCGUACGCUCCUUCAGGAUACAAGUACAACCCGCCUCAGCGCUUCGAGAAAUACACACCCGGGGAGAGAGGGGCGUCGAACAGACGUCGCUCUCCUCCUCGACCACCCCGCCAGCGCAGGAAUAGCGACCCUCACAUGACCUGGUCGAGGGCGAGGGACCUAGAUCUUCCGGAGAGCAGGUGGCAGAUCGACAAGGGUCAUUAUGCAAGGAGGGAGAUAGUGGGGCGACGACCUUACCGGCGCAGUAUCAUGAGCGACGUCGGGCCAGCUUACAGCGGGGCUCACAGGCGGCGCACGACGCAGAACAUUCCGCUCUGGUACGAAAGACUUUCCCGCCCACCAGAUUACUAUUCCAGAGAAGUCUUGGCGCGGAGCAGGAGGCCAGGGGCUUCUUGGUACAGCGAAUGCGAUUUCCCGCUGCGGUCCAGUCGUAGAAGUUUACCUCCCUACGGCAGGUACAACGAGUAUUAGCAGGUUGCUGUUGGUGAAUUUCCUGCAGGCUUGUGUCGGCUUUGAUAAUGCGUGUUCGUUCGGGUAAUUAAUAAGAGGCGGAUAGAUAGAAAGACAGAAAAAUAAAUAUCAACUCUUUUUCUCAACACUGCCUCCCUCUCUCUCUCUCUCUCUCUCUCUCUCUCUCUCUCUCUCUCUCUCUCUCUCUCUCUCUCUCUCUCUCUCUCUCUCACUCUCUCUCUCUCUCUCACUCUCUCUCUCUCACACACACACACAAAUCAUGUCAGUCGUUCUCUCCGCUGUCAGUUGUGAUAAAAACAAGAGUUAUCAUAAUACAGAUAUCAUAUAAUAUGUGUAUACACACAUAUUUACAUACACGCACGCGCGCGCAUAUAUAUAUAUAUAUAUAUAUAUAUAUAUAUAUAUAUAUAUAUAUAUAUAUAAACAUAUAUAUAUGUAUGCAUGUAUGUAUGUAUAUAUACAUUUUUUAUAUAUGUCUCCGUCCCUGUCUGUCAGUUUGUUCAUACUUCUGUCUGGUUGUCUGUUUUCUGUCCUCCUGUCUAACCAAAAGCCAUACAGACAUUCAGUCACUUACCUGCACUUUUUCACAUCCUUCACACAUCUAAAAGUACACAUAAAUUGUUUACCUCCUCUCUCUAAAAAAAAAAUCAUCAGCAUUUCAUGAAUCGACUCUUGAGAAAUCUGGUUCCUUUUCACUGUUCGUAUGCCAUUUUCUGGGAAACAAACAAAAAUGUUGAUUAUCUUUUAAUGUGAUUCUUAUCUCUAUGUGGUUUUCAAAUAAAUCUUCAUAUGAGAAA